AUGCCCUGCCCUGGAGACAAGACUGCAUUGUGCGGUGCCGGAAACAGACUCAACAUGUACUACAGUAGCAACUCGACGAAGGCUUCUACCGAUCCCAUGAACGUCAAUGCCACCGGCAACUACUCAUUCUACUCCUGUUACAAGGAUAGUCCUCGGGCCUUGAGUGUGGUGUCGGCCAGCGACACCAUGUCAGUCGACGCUUGUUUGAAGCUCGCUGAGGCCGGCAAGUACACCUGGGCAGGGCUAGAAUAUUCUAGGGAGUGUUGGCUAGGUAAUGCGCUAGCCAGUGGUACAGGUAAUGCGACCGCAUCGGAGUGCAAUAUGCCUUGUAAGGGUAUGCCCGGGCAACUUUGUGGAGCUGGCUCUAGACUUUCGCUAUACAAGAGGAACACCGGCUCAUAG